UAUUUUCAGUAGACUUUAAAUUCGAAAACCAAAUCUGAAUAUAGAAAACAUUUCCGAAUGACAAAUCGAAUGCAGUAGCGAAAAAAUGAGCCAGCUAUCCGUGAAUUCUGUGAAGUCUGUGAAAUCAACUUUCAACAAGUUGGACAAUAACUCGGCCUAUGUACAAAUUGCUGUGAGCGCUGGCGGUGGCUUUGUGGCUGGAUUCGUUUUCUUCCGAGUAAGCAAACUGCUGGCCAUUUGCGUUGGCGGCGCAAUUCUGACCAUCGAACUGGCCGUCCAGUCUGGCAUUGUCACCAUCGACUGGAACAAAGUGUUGCGGCAACAGGAGCAGGCGCAAAAUCGAGCGGCUUCGAGCGCCAAUGCACGAGCACUGGCCCGCGGUCCAUAUUCACCCAACGAGCGUGCUCUUGAUCCGGAAUUGAUUGAUAAGGCUAAGCAAUUGGUGUUGUCCAGCGCACGAUUGUCUGUUGCCUUUUUGGGUGGUUUUUUGCUAGGCUUUGGAUUUGCCUGAAGCUCUUCAUUUCAUAUUUUCUUUAUACAAAUGUCCUUGCAACAAAGUCCUUAAAAUAUGUAAUUGCAAUGCGCUCGUCAAAUAAGUAAAACUAC